UGUUGGGUCCCGGAGUCUCAUGGUCCCAGGCUGGUGGCCCUGCGUGCGCCAUGGCGGACGUGACGGUUUGGGCCGGGUCCUCCUCCCCGAGCGGCGCGGCCUCCUAGGACCCGAACCGGUGCGCCGUGGGCGGGGAAGGCCCCCGGGAGGGGCAUGACCCAGCCCGGAGCUCUGGGCUCAGAGAAUGCGCCCUCUUUUUGUGCUGUAAACGGUCGAUAAUACAUACAGUCUCAAGCCGGGGAGAACAGAAGCUAUAUAAAAGUCACUAGGAAACACGCCAGGAGGACGAAGUUUGCUUUAUUAGCAGCUCAGACGUCGCUGAUGGAGGACCAGAGAGCCUGUAGUCACGAGAGUUUAGAAGCGAGAGCAGCUUGCUUCGCUUUCAGUCGUGAGGUGGGGGUGCAGGGCUGCAAAGAGUAAUGGGGUUUUGAAGGCAGAGAGAAGCAGGACCAUGUUGAUAAGAGCAAAGUCUAGAGGAGGGGUCAAGCGGACGCGCGGGGUGUCCAGAGGAUGCCAUCCAGACAGGAGGCAUCCAAUGCACCCCUUGGGGACGUGCAGGUGGACCUUGCAGUCCAGGAUUCACCUAUGCGUCCUGCUUGAUGGGCUGGCAUGUCUUCAGUGGGGCCAGUUUUGGAGGGCCACGAAAACUAGGGCUUUGGAGCCUUGCCUGUCAGCUCUGUGACCUUGAGCAAAUAAUUAGCACAAGGUUUCUUGUUUGACGUAAGAGUCACUAAAUCAACGAUAGUCCUGUUCUAGGGUGACUUCAAGUUGAAAAACAGGAAAGUGACCUAAUAAUCACUCUGUUAUCAGGUGUGCUCCCUGCCGCAUACUUAGGGGUUUGGUGUAUCAUCUCCAGUAAUCCUUACAACCGGACAAGGGACUGUUAUUCCUAUUCGACAUCAGAAACCAAAGGACAUCAAGUUACAGCUGGGAAUGGGCAGUCCAGGAGCCCAAAUUCAGCUCCUGAGCACCUAGCAACGCUGUUGUGUGAAGAGAUCCGCUUCUAAAGUAUGAACUGGAGGCAUAUAAGACUUCAGAGGUUAAGUGGCUGUUUUUCAUGCCCAGGAUUACUAUUCUUUGUUGUACACUAUUUGAAAAGAAAUGGUAGACAGUGGUUCUAAGUUAGAAAAAAAAUUUUUUAGGAAAUAGCCAAUGCAGUAUUAAAAUUGUAUUUUUUUAAGCUGAUGAUAUUGAAUACUUGUAAUUCAUUCUUCAGGCUUUAGGAGAACAAUAAUGACAUUGGGGUUGUAAAACUAGAAUUGUAACUAUGACUGAAACCCUUAAGUAUUUUAGAGACGUAGUUUUUGUUUUUCAGAUAAAACUCAUUGACGUCUUGAAACAAACAGCUUUCAACCAAAGGAGUCAUUUGAUUCAUAUACAUGUAAAGUAAAACAGAGGUCUUCUAAAAGCCAUGGUGAAAGAAAAGAAAAGAGCAGACAAAAAAGGGGAUAAGUCUGCCCGCUCUCCCUUGUCUGUGUCCAAUUACCCAGUGUUUUCCAAACAAGAUGGCAACUCUGUGAGUCAAGAUAUGCCCCCAGGUGCUUCACCACCCCUGGAUGUGCCGCUCAAGGAACGGGGGCUCAAGAGAGAGUCCAUAAAUGAAAAUCUGCAGAAUGAACAUACCACCCAGUAUGAAGAGCCCACUCUGACCAAACUCAUGGUAGAAAGCUAUGAAGGGGGAAAAGUCCACGGACGGUACGAGGGGGAAGGCUUUGCCGUCUUUCAAGGAGGCGGUACCUACCACGGUAUGUUUUCAGAAGGACUCCUGCACGGGCAAGGGACUUAUGUCUGGGCCGAUGGACUGAAAUAUGAGGGGGACUUUGUGAAGAACCUCCCCAUGAACCAUGGCAUCUACACGUGGCUGGACGGCAGCACCUACGAAGGAGAAGUGCUCAACAGCAUGAGGAACGGGUUUGGCACAUUCAAGUGCGGCACUCAGCCCGUGUCCUACAUCGGCCACCAGUGCCACGGCAAGAGACAUGGGAAGGGCUCCAUUUAUUACAACCAAGACGGCACCUCCUGGUAUGAGGGCGACUGGGUGUACAACAUCAAACAGGGCUGGGGGAUUAGAUGUUACAAAUCUGGAAACAUCUAUGAAGGACAGUGGGAAAACAACGUGCGGCACGGGGAGGGCAGGAUGAGGUGGCUGACCACCAACGAAGAGUACACCGGCCAGUGGGAUAGGGGCGUCCAGAAUGGCUUUGGAACACACACAUGGUUUCUAAAGAGAAUCCCCUACUCCCAGUAUCCUUUGAGAAAUGAAUACAUAGGAGAGUUUGUAAAGGGGGCCCGUCACGGCCAUGGGAAGUUUUAUUAUGCCAGUGGAGCCAUGUAUGAAGGAGAAUGGGUUUCCAACAAAAAACAUGGCAUGGGCCGGUUAACUUUCAAGAAUGGGCGUGUGUAUGAUGGUCCGUUUUGCAAUGACCACAUAGCGGAGUUUCCAGAUCUUGAAGGUGAAUUGAUAAGUUACCCGGACCUGCCUUCAGAACCUGCCCUCAGGAGCCAGUCCCUCGGAUCCUCCAUCAGCACCGAAAUCAUCAGAAAGCUUGAUGGCAGUGAAAGCAGUUCCGUGUUAGGAUUGAGCACUGAGCUGGAUCUCAGCUUGGUGCUGAACAUGUUCCCUGAGAGAGACCAGUCAGAAGAAAAGAAGCAGGUAGAAUAUGCUAUCUUAAGAAAUAUCACUGAGUUAAGAAGAAUCUAUAGCUUUUACAGCAGCCUAGGAUGUAGCUGCUCCCUGGAUAACACCUUUCUGAUGACAAAGCUUCACUUCUGGAGGUUUCUGAAAGAUUGCAAAUUUCAUCACCAUAAAAUAACCCUUGCUGAUAUGGACAGGGUACUGAGUGCCAAUAAUGACAUACCAGUUGAAGAAAUUCAUUCUCCAUUUACAACAAUACUUCUGAGGACAUUUCUGAAUUCUCUCCUGCAGUUGGCGUUCCACAUUCAUCACAAAGAAUACCAGAACAAAAGCCCAUUGCUCUUUCUGUGUUUUACAAAACUGAUGACUGAGAACAUUCAUCCAAAUGCCUGCCACGUCAAAGGCCACUUAUUCUGUGAGGUGCAGCGGACGCUCUAUUCAAUGAAUUACAUUGAUAAGUGCUGGGAGAUCUAUACAGUUUACUGCAGACCCAGUGCAGCUCCUCCCUACGAGCUGACCAUGAAGAUGAGACACUUCCUCUGGAUGCUGAAGAACUUUAAAAUGAUCAAUAAAGAAUUAACAGCAACCAAAUUUGUGGAGGUCAUAGCAGAGGAUAAUCCUUUCGUGCAUGACGGAAUUGACAGCAACUUUGAACUUGAGCUGGUUUUCCUGGAAUUCUUCGAAGCUCUGUUAUGCUUCGCACACAUCUCUGUUCCUGACCAAACGACUAAAUCCUGUUUAAAUUUUCCAAAUGAUGACAUCUCUGGAAACAAAUUUGGAAGCACUUACAUGAUGACAAAUCAGAGCACCCAGGACAGGAGCGCAAGCGCAGUGACCAGCCCGGAGUCUGAGGUGCAGUGUGGCAGCAACGAGUCGGCUUCAAGCAAGUUAGGCCUCUUGCUCGAUAUCGGCAAAAUGAGUAAAUCAGAGCCCAAGGUCAAGACGUCUCUAAGCGACGGGAGAGCCUCCAAGAUGAAUUUUAAAUCUCCGGGGAAAGGGCUAACCUUCCUUUUAUCUCAAAAUGGUAUCACUACCUGAAAUUUAUUUGUACCUCCCCACACCUCUCCCAACUCCCAGCAU